AGACGUGUGAUGGAUUUCUCCAUUCCUGAUCGGCCCCGGUCCGGCCAUCGACCCGCCGCAUAUGACCCGUCCUUGUCCAAUCAUCUUCCACCGCACGAACAGCCGCUACCGCCGGAUCCGGAGGACGCCUGGGUUGAGGAUCUGUCGCACACACUUCCUCUGGGGAGUGGAUCUACGCAGGAGUGGACGAGCAGGCAGUGCCAGCAGAGGGAAGCAGGGACCACGCGCGAGUCGUUCACCCGCAUUGCUGGAGGAGGGUGUCCACAACGCCGCCACAGAGCCUGUGGACUUGGAUUUCGGAUUGUGCAGCGGGAGUGGUGCAAGUGGUCUGAUCCACGGCGGAGGGGUGGUGGGAUCGCCAACGUUGGGAGGAGGAUCGUCCCGUGUCGGUGGGCCGACGAAUGGGUGUCGUCCACCGGUCCCGAGUUCCAUGGGAGCCGGGCCACUUGGCGAGUCGUCAAGGGCAGUGACACCCAUCCGGCCGUCGGUGUCUUCGCCUACAAUGUGGCAGAGGGCGACCGCAAGUGCUGCAAUCAAUGAUGGGACUCCACCGGAAGACAUCGGGAGGCAGGCGUGGGAGAAAUGCCGCCUACAGAUGUGGCGUGCUGCCACGGAGAACAUAACCACCGGUGUGUCCAGGCUUCAUGUGGGGAGCGACGUGGAUGCGGACGACAGCCGUCGGGCGAGUGGGGAUGAGUCUCCGGAUUCCCGUUACGAAGAGGACGCGGAAGACGGUGAGGGGCUGGAGAUCCGACCCGUGGCUGCGCGUGGUGGGCGGAGGGGAGGACGCGGACGUCAGAAGAGGGGCGAGUCGCGUGGUGGCCGAGGAUCGAGGGCUCCUGUUGGCGACAAGGGUGGCAAGCACCCAGUGUGGAGUGUGGAGGAGAUGCUGAAGCUCGCUCGAGCGAAGCGGGAUCAGCAAGCUCAUUUCGAGGGAAUGCCACACAACUACGGCCGCAUGCGCAACAGGGAGUGGAAGCUGCUGGACCUGCAGAAGUGGCUGGCGGAGCGUUACCAGAACAUGUCCGGUGGGAAGAACUUCUUCACAUUAACUCCUGCAACGAGAGCGGACAAGGGUUUCAACUUCCGAAUGGAUGAGCGAGUCUUCAAUGAGAUCGACAACAUGUCGAAAAAUAACAAGACCAUGUACCCGGACAACGUGGCAGACACGAGAGCACGCGGAGGAGUGCCGCCAGCAAUGGAUGGUCACCGCCAGGCGGCCGUUGGUGGAGAGUCGUCUGCUGGUGGAGAGGGGGCAGAUGGCAUUGACGAAGAUGUGGGUUUAGCGUGGGAGACGGGGUUCAAUGCAGGGAGCACGGGCACUCCAGCAAAGAGGAAGAACAUGCGGCAGCAGACCUUCGACGCCAUCGCCGAAGUCAUGGACAAACACGGUGCAUUAAUGGCGGACACGGUAGAGGGUGCGAGCAAAUGGCAAUGUAGCAUCCUGGAGCGGCAGUGUGACAUCCUCGAUAGGGAGGUUGAAGCCUAGAAGCACUAGUGUGACAUACCGGAGAGGCAUUACACGGCGUCCAAUGAGGCG